AUGGGUGCCCGCCUGUUGGCCGUCCUGGUUGGCUCGAUGCCCAACUUCAAGAAUAAGAGUGAAGAAGAUCAUGAAGAAUCACCCGAUGAGAAUCUCGACCUGCAGAACUCGACACGUCUUGCUCCGCUGAUUCCCGCUUUGGGAUGCCCCUUAUCUUCUCUCUUGGAAAUCCCGGUGCUUACAGAACACUCUUGGGCCGGUUCCCUGAGCUCACCUCUGCUGUUCACGGGACUGGUUGUAUCAGUUGUCUCGGGAUUCAUUGCAAAUAUCUCCCUCAUUUGCCGUUAUUUUGAAUACCGUCCGCAGCUCAGCACCCUAGCUGCAAUUGCUAGCUUGACUAUUCACGAUUCCUUGAAUUUAGGUAUCCUGAUAAAGGUUGCAACAGCAAACCAAAGUCCUCCUCACCACCCUUCCGGCACUUUUUGGAUGCUUGUGGCUAGCUCGCUUGUUUCAGUUUUAUGCAACCUGACGCUUAUCGUAGACUAUGUGCGAGUGGAUAACUUUAGAGCGAAAGGUUCCGGAUUGACUACCAAGCAAAGAACAUUAGCCAUCGUAGUCAUGAGCCUCCUCCUUUACAUCGGAAUUGGCGCAGUUAUUUUUGCAUUACUCGAGUCACAUCAAGUAACUUUUAGUGAUGCGCUUUACUUCUCGGUUUGCACUGUAACAACCGUGGGCUUUGGCGACAUAACACCCACUCGCACGAUCACUCGUAUCUUCAAUUUCCUCUAUACCAUCGUCGGUAUUGUUCUAUUGGGUCUGACCGUCUCAACGUCUCGUGACACGAUCAUUGAGGCGUUUGAAUCAUUGGUUCGCUCCCGGCGCCGUGCAAUUGCCCACCAAGGAAAACGGCUGUACAAAGCAGCUACUAAACAUCGGACCCAAGACGAGUAUGAUCAAAUCCAGACAGAUAGUAAUCCUGCGAGCGACGCUUCUCGCUAUCCCAGCCGCACGUGGAGAUCCUUUUUUCGGAAGUCCAAACCGAAGACGGCUCGCGCAACCCGCAUGUCACGUACAGAUAGCACAGAUCCCACAGUUUCAUUCCAAGAAUUUCAGCACCGCCUGCUCAGAGAUGAGAAAAAAGAACUACAGAUCAGAUUGUUCAUAGCCACAUUGAUCUUUUCCUGUUUUUGGCUUCUUGGAGGUGCCGUCUUCAAAUUUACAGAAGGAUGGUCUUAUGGACAGGCUCUGUAUUUUGGUUACGUGGCGUUUUUAACUUUAGGUUACGGUGACUUCACCGUACGAUCUUCUGGCGGCCGUGCAUUUUUUAUUGCUUGGUCGCUUCUGGGCAUUGGGAAUAUGACCCUCUUGUUAGCAGUUCUCACUCAAGCUUGGGAAAUGAGGUAUAAGCGGGCCAUCAGUCAGAGUCGACACCGAAAACUAGCAUUGACACGGGAAGCAACAGCUCAAAACGUUAUCGUUGAUGAGGCCGUUCAUUCAUUCAAAUAUCCGGCUGAAGAGCGUGAAGGCACAGACGUCAAUCAGACUUUGGAUCAGUUGAUUGAGACAGCCGAAGAGUUUUUGAAGCACGCACAGUAUUGGAUGAAUGGAAAAACAGGGGAAGCACCUCCUCGGUUGACUCAAAUGAUGCAAGAAGCUGAAAAGGUCGAAGGUUUGGAACAGGCCGUGAAUAAAGGCGGCUUGAUCGAUAAGGUAACCUCAGACCAACGACGUAGAGUUUUAUUCCUGAUGUCUUUUGCCAAAUCUUUUGAAAUUCUUACCCAGCAAGUCUGCCAGGCCAAAGCCGUCAUUCAAGCAAACGCUGAAGAACUUGAAUCUCUCCAGAACUUCAUUAAAUCCCAAGAAUGUGCCACCUCAGCUUCAUCCCCCAUCUACCUUUCAGUUUCGACCGAACAAGUACCCGAUUCCUCAGCGCAAGCAAACUCCUCCCUCGCGAGCCAUUCAUAUUCAAGGCCUCCCCAAGCAGUCCAAGCGGAUGUCUUUUCUCCAGAUCAACCUCAUCCCACAUCAGAAAGGUCAUCAUUUCCAACUAUUCCGAAUGGAAUCUUGAUGGAUUCGUCCUCAGGCCAAUCCACAGUGUCCGUCCAAGCUCGUCGUCCUAUAAUAUUCAGUACGUUCCAGCCGGAAUCACCUGUAGCAUUCCCUAUAAUCGACGAGCACAAUCAAAUUUGCAAGAAUAAAGGCGCGAUAAAAUUACCGGAAACAUGCAAAACUUCAUUUGACGGCCCAAUUCCUCACACGCGAUCAUCGAUUGACCAAUCAUUUCAAACACAGAGGCCUGCAUCCUCAUCACCAAUCGCAGCUUCAUCUCAACACCGACUCAGCGAAGCCAUAUCAUUUCCACCUCCUCUUAAGAACAAUGAGAAAACUGAAGUCAGAAGGACCUGA